AUGGGAGAUAAGAGUAGGUUAGGACUUCUCGUUUUAUUGAGUGGAUCCAUUGUCACUCGCUCUCAUACAAAUCUCACCCGAACCGCUCAUCCAGGCAGAGCCAUAUCAAUCCUAACCUCCACUCUUCCCGACUUUUUCAAGCUUGGUCUUGUCACAAGAUUUGACGCUAGCGUAUCGUCAUCCCCCUUUGCGUUCGUCGAAGCCGUACAACCAUCUCCUGAUUUGAUCUAUGCGAGGCAUAUCAGGUUUAGGUACGCUCCGCCGGGAAACGAGGGCGUCAUGCCCAAGGUUUUACAAAUAGAAGGUCUUCCGUUGUAUUUUGCCUCGGCGGCGAUCGUCCGAACGUCUCUAAACGCGCUGUAUAGCGAUAUGCACGUUGCGCUCAGUUCGGUCGAGGUUUCCACUCUAGGUGUUCGUGAGCGGGAGAUAAAGAUUGGGCUGAUUGUGUCCGGCUCGAGUAGGGUGGGUGGUGGGAAUGCCGAGUGGGAUAUAUUCAACGCCGCAGUGAUCAUGCCUUAUACUGUUCGUCCUGUCACACCCGCCGACCGACCCGUCCUCUCGCGUAUCUGUCUUUUAACAGGCGACGCAGGUCAAUCUGCAGAGGGAGAAUACCACUAUUCCGAGCUUCUCGGUCUGGUCUACGCUGAGCCGUAUGCCGUAGUCGAGCCCCAUUUCGGAUUUGUCCUGGUCGAUAACGUCUCCGGGGACGUGGUUGGCUAUGUAAUCGGUACCACUGAUACGAGGGCAUUCGAACGAAACAUUGAGAACGAUUGGUACAAGGGAUUGAGGGGGAAAUAUACCAAAGACCCCUACCCUCAAGGCUCGACAUCCUCAGAUAAACAUAUGAUAAACUUGAUACAUAAUCCCGAUACGGCUCCGGACGAAAUAAUUGCUGUUUCUCAAGCGCAUAUUCAUAUCGACCUUUUACCUGCCGCCCAGGGCCAAGGAUGGGGAACCAAGCUCAUGGGAAAAGCGGUAGAGUACCUGAAGAGCCAAGGAAACGACUCAUUGUUUGUUGGAAUUGACUCGAGAAACGCUCGCGCCCGAUCAUUUUACCUUGCAAUCGGGUUCGAGGGUGUGAAAACUGCUCAUGGAGAAUAUUUCCGACUUGGAUUUGAUCAAUGGCGGUAUUGA